AAAGAAACUUCAAUUGAAGGAUUUGUCGAAGCCGUCGCCAUGAUGGACCGUAAAAAGGUACUGGAAUUGGACAAAAUCUGCCGCUUAUGCAUUUCGGAGCGCAAGGAAAUGCGUCCGCUCUUCAGUGAAAAAGUACCGGAAAUGCUGAUGGAUUGCACCAGUGUGCGUGUCGAGCCCACCGAGGGCUGGCCCGACAAAAUCUGUGUGCAAUGCGUCCAUGCAGUUAGUCGGAAUCAUGCAUUUAAGUCGCUUGUCGAGCGUAGCGACAAAGAGCUCCGUGAAUAUAUAAAAAGCUUGACGGUACGCCUUGGAAUGGAUGAGUCGCUUACCCCACAAGAGCGCAAGCAGCAGAAGCUGCUGCAAAAACAGUUCAAGCAUCAGCAGCAGUUAGAGGAGCAGCACCAAAAACUGGAGCAGCAAAUACUGCAGCAACAGCAGCAAUUGCAUCAGCAACAGCAGCAGGAGCAACAACAACAACAACAACAGCAGCAGCAACAACAGCAGCAACAGUCACCUAUAUAUCUUCUACAACAGCCACAUCAAUUACAACAGCAGCAGCAGCAGCAGCAACAUCAGCCGAAGCCCAAGAACAAACUGAAACCACUGCAGCGAAAAGGCAGCUCGCGGCAGUCAAAGAAACACCAGGAAAUGGUUCACCUUCUACCGGAGCCAGCGCCACCGCCGCCACCACCACUACUCCAACAACAGCAACAGCCACAACAGCAGCAGCCACAGAUCGACUCUCAUCCACCCGCCUCUGGUGCCGCUCACAAAGUCCAUUCGUCUUGGUUGCGGCAAUGCUCCGAGUCGAACAACUCGCAAUCGACGGCCGAUAGUUGCGGCAGCAAGGCAAAGACAACACAGCUCAGUAAGGAUCUCCUGGAUAACGAGGAUGAGGUCGCACUUCAUCCGCUUUCCAAUCAGGUGGGAGGACACACGCGCCUUUUGCUGCUCAACCAGUCAACGGUGAUCAAGCCGCUAAAUUUGCGUGAAUUGGACUUCUAUCAGAACAUUCCGCAGGACGUACAGAAGUUUGUGCCCAAGUACAAAGGCGUUAUGCAAGCAACCACCAUGGGCGGCGCUAAGCUGGACAAGCGCUAUUCGCCCAGCUUCCGGGACGAUGCGGCCGCGGUGCCAGUGCGCAAGAUGAGUGCCUCGAAGCGCAAGCGGGAUGAAGUACUCAGAAUGAAGGUGCAUAAGAACGGAAAUGCGGCCGAUGUUAUUAAGAGCAUUUCGCAACUUGACAACUCCAAUAAGCAAUAUUUCUUGAUGCUCGAGAAUAUCACAUCGCAGUUCCGCAAUCCCUGUAUUCUGGACCUGAAGAUGGGAACGCGGCAGCACGGCGACGAUGCGUCCGCAGAGAAGCGAUCCAAACAGAUGGCCAAGUGCGCGGCCAGCACCUCUGGUUCGCUGGGCGUCCGCCUCUGCGGCAUGCAGACCUACCAGGCGGACUUGGAGCAGUAUGCCAAGCGCGACAAGUACUGGGGACGCGAGCUCAACGAGGCGGGCUUCAAGACCGCCUUGCAUGACUUCUUCUACAACGGCUAUCGGUUGCGCAUUCGCGUCAUACGCAAGAUCCUGCAGCGACUGCUGCAGCUGCGACGCGUCAUCGAGAAGCAGUCCAGUUACAGAUUCUAUUCCUGCUCAUUGCUCAUCGUGUACGAAGGCUAUGAAGAGAAUCCUAUGGCACAUCCGCCCUCAAUGGAUCUGGAUGAUUGGCUGGAGGCGCCAAAGUCGGCGACACUGCAGCCGACAGCUGCCUUCGAUUAUCACCCGGAGAACAGCAUAGACGAGGAUGAUAUUGAAGACGAUGAGGCGGGAAAUGAGGCAGGCGACGAACUGGAGCCGCACGAUACGGAUGAGGACUUGCAACUGGUGGCGGCCGUUGACAGCGGCAACGCCUCGGCCACCAACAGCAGCACCGGUGCCGACGGCUGCAACUAUGAUGCGGAUGCAUCAAAUGAUUCAAACUCGCGAUUGAAUCUGGCCACACGUCGUCAUUUACACAAACGCGGCUUUGCGGAGGCGGCGGCACGUGGCGUCAAGCAAACGGCCACCAGCUCCUCAACCACCACCGACGAGGAGGAGGACGAAGACGAUGAGAGAAACAAGGCACAGCACUCGCACUCGCAUUUGUCCGCCAUGCCGCCGCCACGUAGCUGCGGUGUCCUGCCCACUAAAUCGGUGGCCGGCGGCAAGGGCAGCAAUGCCAAUGCCAGCGCCACACCUGCAUUCAUUCCAAUAUCCGAAGAGACAGUAUUCCUAGAUCCUGAGCCAACGCUGCCCAGCGUGACCACCUCAUCGCCACAUUCCGGAGACUCCUGGAUGAAUUACAGCAGCAACAGCAGCGACGACUUCUCUGGCCUAUCCGAGCAAAUCAAGGCCGUGGCUAGCGGGCGACAGACAUGCAACAACAGCUCCGAUGACGGCAGCUCAGACUAUGACAGCAGCAUUAUUGGACCCACGGAGGCCAUGUUCAAGCGGUACAAGUCACAGCAAUCGUUCGAUGCAGCAGCAGCAACAGCCGGCAGCGUGGAUCUCACCUCGCCGCCCCACACGGCUGGCAAUUCAGGUGCCACAAUUAAGUCGGUUAUCUCGCCCGCCUCCUCCAGCGCAUCGUCACUGAAAUCAGUGAAGGGUGCUGUGAAGCGUUUGCGAUGCAAGGACGACGAUGAACACUACGCAGCUCACGACGACUCCCGCGAGGCCAAGAAGUCGACAAUAACAUCCACGCCCGUUUCGGCCGUCUCCUCGCCAUCGAAGUCACAUACGGGGUCGGCGAUACAGCGCAGUUGCGAAAACAUAUCCAACUCGCUGCUCGCUGGCAUUCUGCUCGACUCCCUGGAGCGACGCGCCAGUGCCGAGGGCGACAACAACAACACCAAGAGCGAGCCAAAAUCAUCCACAACUGCGGUUCGCAACUCGGCGCUAAUGCAUGGCUCCAAGUCGCUGGACAUGUCCGCACCGCCCACAGACGACUCGGCCUGCUUCGUGGACGUGCGUCUCAUUGACUUCGCCCACACGGCGUUUGUGCCGCGCAACGGGAGCAUGUUGCCCACACCGCCAGCCACCGCGCCCGUCCACCAUGGACCGGACGGCGGCUUUCUCACUGGCCUGGACAGCCUCAAUCGCCUGCUCAACGAGAUAUUGGCCGAGGAGAGUAUCUGUAUCAGUUGCCCCAAUUGAAGCUUCCAGCGGAGCCCACUCACAGCUAGCGUGCGGGGACGGAGAAUAAGUUAAAAAUAAAAUUUAAAUUAAAAAAAAAGUACAAUUUGAUUUCAAAAAAUUACCUAAAUUGUUGUAGCAACAUGUGUUAAAUUAUGAAACUAAUCUUUAGUAAUUCGAAAUGUGAUUCAGCUAACAAAAAAAACAAAAAAAAA